AUGGACGUCACCAUGAUCGGCCUGCAGAAUGCCGGCAAAUCCUCGUUGCUGCGGGUCCUGGCGGGCGGGGAGUUCACGAUCGACUCCAUCCCGACAAUCGGGUUUAACACAAAGCGUGUCCAAAAAGGUCAUGUCACCUUGAAAUGUUGGGAUCUGGGCGGCCAGCCUCGAUUCCGGCCGAUGUGGGAGCGGUAUUGUCGGGGCGUGAAUGCGAUCGUGUAUAUCGUGGACGCAGCAGACCGGCCCGCCCUGCCCGUCGCGACAGAGGAGCUGCACGACCUAAUGAACAAGCCCACCUUGGACGGCAUCCCACUCCUUGUCCUCGGCAACAAGUCGGAUCUACCGAAUAAGCUCUCCGUGGACGAGCUGAUCGAGGCGAUGGACCUGAAAUCCAUCACACACCGCGAAGUUAGCUGCUACGGGAUCAGUGCCAAAGAAGAAACGAAUCUCGACGCUGUCCUGCACUGGCUAAUUGCUCGCGCCAGCCGAUGA